CCUCAACCUUGCUUUGGGUCUCCAGGCCCAAGAUUCUCACCAUCUCUUGGAUGAUUGCUCCAGCCCACUCUGCUGCCACCUGGGAUCCAACAUGUUCAAACCCAGCUGUGAACUUCACAGAGUAUUAAAAGAAAGAGCCUUUGCUUCAGCAGUUUAUGUUAUUAAGAUGGACGCUUGGGUCAUGUUAUCUCUCUCCACCAAUGUGUAAGGUGAAAGUCCUAUUAGGUAAGAGUUUUUGGAAGACCCGUGUUUUGUGCUUUUUGGGUUUCAGUAUAGGGUUUUUUCCUGCAGAGCUAGAGGGAAAGUACCCCAGCAUUUCCAACCAGUGGGGUGCAAAAUUAUUUGGGUCUACAGCUUUACCUAUUCCUUUCAGGAACAUUUUUGAAAAAACACAUCUGUUAAGUUGAACCAUGUGUAACUGCUGAAUGCUAAUGUUUGGCCGUUUUCUACUUAAAAAAAUAGGCCAGCAGUUUGUAAAUUCAAGCUAAUAUAUGAACUUUUUGAAAAAGUUGUUCUGGGACACUAAAAGGUAAAACGGACGCCAGAUUUCCAGAGCAAGGGGAGGAGAAACCCGAGCAACAUCACUUCCCUGAAGACCUAGCUCCUGCGCGCGGCCGGGGACUGUGACUCCACAUGCCGGCGUUAUUUACCCGGGCCCGAGCCUGACUCGCCACACCUCGUUUUGCGGCCGCCGUAAAGCACGGAUGCGCGGCGUGGCCACGCCCCUUCAGUGUUUGUGACGCAGGCGCCCUGGGCUUUUUGGGCGCGAAAAAGCAGCAGACCCGGGUUGUACCCGGCGCAGCUGGGAGCAGCUGCUUCCUCCGGGGCCGUAUCUCCGCCCGGCAUGGGGCUGCUGGACCUUUGCGAGGAAGUGUUCGGCACCGCCGACCUUUACCGGGUGCUGGGCGUGCGACGCGAGGCCUCCGACGGCGAGGUCCGACGAGGCUACCACAAGGUGUCCCUCCAGGUACACCCGGACCGGGUGGGCGAGGGCGACAAGGAGGACGCCACCCGCCGCUUCCAGAUCCUGGGAAAAGUCUAUUCCGUUCUCAGUGACAGAGAACAGAGAGCAGUGUACGAUGAGCAGGGAACAGUGGACGAGGACUCUCCUGUGCUCACCCAAGACCGAGACUGGGAGGCGUAUUGGCGGCUACUCUUUAAAAAGAUAUCUUUAGAGGACAUUCAAGCUUUUGAAAAGACAUACAAAGGUUCGGAAGAAGAGCUGGCUGACAUUAAGCAGGCCUAUCUGGACUUCAAGGGUGACAUGGAUCAGAUCAUGGAGUCUGUGCUUUGCGUGCAGUACACAGAGGAACCCAGGAUAAGGAAUAUCAUUCAGCAAGCUAUUGACGCCGGAGAGGUCCCAUCCUAUAAUGCCUUUGUCAAAGAAUCGAAACAAAAGAUGAAUGCAAGGAAAAGGAGGGCUCAGGAAGAGGCCAAAGAAGCAGAAAUGAGCAGAAAGGAGUUGGGGCUUGAUGAAAGCGUGGAUAGCCUGAAGGCAGCCAUUCAGAGCAGACAAAAGGAUCGGCAAAAGGAAAUGGACAAUUUUCUGGCUCAGAUGGAAGCAAAGUACUGCAAAUCUUCCAAAGGAGGAGGGAAAAAAUCUGCUCUCAAGAAAGAAAAGAAAUAAUGGAAUUUUUCUCUUCAAAGGUCCUUAGGUGUAAAUUGAUGCCAUCGUAGGCAAGGUGCAGGCAAGAUUUGAAGGCAAAAGUCAAUUCAACUCUUGAGAAAAGGUGUCUUUCCAGCCUGAAUUUUUCAGAUUGACCAGACCAAGCAGAAUCUCUCAACCUGAUCUUAGUAUUUCCUAGAAAGCACUUGACAUUGUGUGAGGUCUCACCUGAAGGAACUUGGUGGUGACAGUUGGGAGGGUGGAGGGAGGCAGUGUCCUUCCUGACAGCACUUGCCUCCAUGGAUCUUCUGUACACAGAACUCUUAUCUAGGAUGUGGUUCUGUUCAUGCUGCUUUCUGCGUUGUGCGUGUCUGUUAGAAUAGGCUCUCUACCCAGCUAGAACACCUUCCAGACACUUGCUGGACAGCUAUCUUCCACAUACUUCCCAGUUUACAUUCGGUCUUAAUGAUCUUGAAUAGAUCCUCUCUUCAUUUUACUCAGCCAGGUUUUGUACUGAUGUACAGGUGUUAAAUUACUUCAAGCAUUUUUGUAAGAGCUGUAUAUGAUUUAAUAAAAAAGGUAAAACAUGA